CGCUUGCCCACCCUCACCGUCCCAGACGCCCUUCUUUCUCGACGCUUCUUCGGGGUUCUCGUUCCUCCGUCACAAGCACCCCUCUGCUCUAGGAACGGAGGGGAAAGGCUUGGAGGAGGGCGAGCCCCCUCCCCGCUCUCAGCUACCAGGCUCGCACGACUUGCUGUCAGGCAGCACCGCGGACACCUCUGCGCCGCGGUGAUUGGCCAGCUGCGGGGGCCUCGCGGUCGUCCAAUAUGGCGGCGCCCAGUGGCGGUGUGAACUGUGAAGAGUUCGCCGAGUUCCAGGAAUUACUCAAGGUGAUGAGGACAAUUGAUGACAGAAUAGUACAUGAAUUAAACACUACGGUUCCAACAGCUUCCUUUGCAGGGAAAAUUGAUGCCAGCCAAACCUGUAAACAACUUUAUGAGUCUUUGAUGGCAGCUCAUGUCAGUAGGGACAGAGUUAUAAAGAACUGUAUAGCCCAAACCUCAGCAGUAGUAAAACAUCUCCGAGAAGAGAGAGAAAAGAACCUGGAUGACUUAACGUUAUUAAAGCAACUUAGAAAAGAACAGACAAAGUUGAAAUGGAUGCAGUCAGAACUAAAUGUCGAAGAAGUGGUAAAUGACAGGAGCUGGAAGGUGUUUAAUGAACGCUGCCGAAUUCACUUCAAGCCUCCAAAGAAUGAGUAGAGAGUUUUUCUGUUUGUUUUUUGUUUUUAAAGACCUGGUCAUCUCAUCAACUAAGCAUGACAGAUGUCAGCAGGGCAGGCUCCCGAGGAUGGUCUUCGAGCCAGAAGGCCAAGGCCUUUGGUUGACUUCAGCCCCUUUUAGCCAGGACCUCAAAUCUAAUUCUCAUAAUUAUAAAAUAAUCAAUUGCUAUUUUAUACUGAUUCUGUAAAAAUGUUUUGUAACUAUUAAAAUAAUUUUCUGA